AUGUAUUUUGAUUUUGAUCUAUUAACCACUGUUACAGUUGCCGCCACCACCGUUUUCUUGAUUUGCACUAUCAAAUUACAGUGGUUCCGCCCUGACAAUCACUUGCCGCCGCCGUUCGCCGUCGAGGAUGGCGGUUACGACGGAGGCAGAUGCUGUGCGGUGUGCCUCAACGACGUGAUCGGCGGCGAGAGUUGCCGGAAACUGCCGAAAUGCGGCCAUAUGUUUCACGUUGAGUGUGUGGACGCUUGGCUACAGUGCAGUUGGACGUGCCCACUUUGCAGAAGGCAAGUUACUGAUCAGCUUCCUAAGCAGCAAGGAGAAAACACCAUUUUCUCUUAUCUAAUUUUCCGUUGUAAAGACUUUCUGCUUAAGAUUUUUAGUCCUUUUACUGAAGAACUUAUGAUGGUUUUGAUCGAGAGCAGAUUUAAAGCAUCAAAGCAGCAGCAAAUACAGCUACAACAGCAAAUGCAGCUAUUCAAGGAAGCAGAACUAGGAGAGUUGGUAGGAAAGUCGUCGAGAGCCGUGGCGAUGGACGGAGGAGAAGUACCAGAAGAAGGAGAGGAUAUGGAGUAUUGA